AUGGUUAUCGAAACUUUUCAACUCCAAGAUAGUGUGCGAUGUAUAUAUCCCAACGCAAUCCCACCCAAGUGUUACCAUAAGUAUAGACUGUCCCAACUUGUCUCAAAGAGGGACGUUUCUGUGAUGCCGGAGGGCUCAGCAGCAGGUAAAUAUAGACGAGAAAGGAGGGAGCCCGGCCUUGGAGCGGGAGUCAGUCCUCAGCCGGCACCGCAUGAAGCGAGCCGAGUUCUUCCUGUUGAUUAUAACCGCUUGUUUGUGAGUGAAGUGUCUGGUUAA